AUGAACUCAUCAAUCAAUGACUCGAGUUCUAAGGGAGAACUUUUUGAAAUGAUUGAUAAUUUCGGCUUUGAUAUUGAAGAGGAAAAUGCUAUCCAGUCCUUUGAUUUCGAAAAGGCAAAAAUUCUUUAUGAAUCAAGAAAAAUCAUUCAAGAACAAGAUAUACAAAGGCGAGAAACAUUUUACAGACGAGAACAGACAAAGUAUAUUCAACAAAAUCGCGCUGAAAUGAAAAGACAGAUUCAAGAAAAUGAAAUGGAUUUUGAAAAUCAAUGCGAACUAGAACGAUUAGCACUCCAAGAGAAGUUCCAACGUGCAGAAGAAAAGCAAAAACAUGAACUAGAAGAAGUUACUAAAGAGUGGAAAGAAGCUAGAAAUAAAGAAUUACAAAAAAUACAAGCAAAUAUCGAUGAAAUGUUUGUUACUGCUCAGAAUUUAGCUAGAGCACAUCAAUACGAUACAGCAAUAGCUAAGAGAAAUGAAGCUAUUAAACUAAAGAAUAUGAAGAACUACAAAGAAUAUAAACCCAUUGACGAACACUUCAGAAAACAAAUCAAUUUCAUGAUUAUACGCCAUAAACAAGAGUUUGAUGACAUGAGAAAUGACUACGACCUUCGAAUUAAAGAUCUUAAACGUGCUUUGAAGCUUAAGAAUAAUGCAGCUAUUGAGCAAUACAGAGUUAAUGGUGCUUGUUCUUCAAGGGUUAUUAUGGAAAGGGUUAUUGAUGAUCAUCAAAAUCCAGAAACGAAGAGAGCUCUUAUUACUAACUUAUCACCGCGCAAAUCGCACGAAAUGAAUAACAAAACAAUUCGCGAAGAUAGCUUUGUUUAA